CUCUCCGACUUGUGGACCUUCUCUUCUUUCUUCUCUGUCUGUACCAUCUCUCUCUCUCUCUCUUAAUCUCCUUUAGCCCCAAUAUUAAAUUCUUCCUGAACUUUCAAGACUGUUUACAGAGCAAGUAGAAGAGCUAAGAUAAUGUCAUCAGCUGACGAGGCUGCCUCGACAGCCUCUGCUUCUAACGGGAGCGUUCCUUCCCUUUCCCUAACCGGUGAGAAUGGCCUGGAAGAGCCUAAGCUGACCAUACAGUUCCAGUGUGGUCUCCUCAGGGAAGAGGAAACUUUCAUGGGCUAUGAUCUGCAGAUAAUGGGUCUGGAUACCCUCCAGGAAUACGUAUGUGACAUGCUAACUUUCAAGUAUCCAGAUCAUCCUUAUGGGGAUCUCUACGAAAAGGUCACACUCUACAAGCAUGACAAAGACACGGACUCUCUCCAAGUUCUGACAGAGCGAGACAAUAUCACCGACGGGCUUUUAAUAGAAAUAGUAUUAGUAGCUAAAGCAAAACAGAUAUAUAAUGAGUCAAUAUGUCCUCAUAUACUAUCAGUACAUACGUAUAAGGCACCAACUUUCUGUGAUCACUGCGGAGUGGUAAUGUUUGGUAUAUUGAAACAAGGACUCAAGUGUGAGGGAUGUGAUAAGAAUUUCCACAAAGGUUGUGCCUUUAAGCUACCCAAUGACUGCACCAGGCAUUGGGGUGACAACCCUCCCUCCUCGUCCACCUCCAGUCUACAAAGAAUCCCCAAAGGCUCCUCGUCCCUCCCUCGCUCGAGCUCUUCCAAUCGCUUGAGAGAAAGAAAAGAAACAUGGAGCGGUAGACCGCUAUGGAUUGACAAAGCACUUCACAAUAGACCCCAGGUCCCUCACACUUUCUUUAUCCAGUCAUUCAAGAAGCCUACAGCUUGUCACCACUGCAAGAAACUGAUUAAAGGUGUAUUCCGUAAUGGUAUGAAGUGUAAAGAUUGUCAGUUUAGUUGUCACAAGAAAUGUGUCAAAGACGUCGGAAGCAACUGUCCUGGGGAAGUCCCCUCUCUUAGUCGAGUUGACAACGGAGAAUGGGGUCACAGUCGUAUCAUGACUAACAUUAUAUCGAAUGAACACGUUUCUGAUGAUCAUUCAACGAAAGAAGGAGAGACAGGAAGAGGUGAAGAAACAAGCCCUACCUCUUCUUUAUCGAGUCAAGAGCAUCUGGAGAGUGAAUCAGCAGUUCCUAUGGAUCCAAUAGCUGAAGAACCAAGCGGAGGAGAAGAUGCUGUCAGUAAUGAUGACUCUGAGCAUAAUCCAGCAGAAAAUGUACCAUCAGCUAAUAUCACUUUACAGGUA